AUGUCCAUCAUUCACAACAUUAUCAAAUCAGAAACAGGACAAGAUUCUUUUGAACUUAUGAAAAAGUUGUUUGAGUCGGAUACUUCAGGAACAGAUAACGAAACUCAGCUGGCAUGUGUUUCUCUACCAGAACCAAACAUCAUUGACGAACUAAAACCAUGCGAGGAGAAGCUUAGCGAGGCCAUGAACAAUAUUGUGACACCGUUAUGCUUAAUAAUUCUUCAAUGUGGUAUUACAAGAGUACAUUUUGCCGGUGCUAUUACCAGCUGUCCUUAUUUUGAGGCGUUGUUGGGAAAGUUGAUCUCUGAGAAGGGUAUUAAUGCUACCAUUGAUAAGAUUAGACCUUAUUUAAAGGAUCAAUACAAGGGCAUUCGAAUAAUGAAAGUGAAAACUACGUUUGAAAAAUCCGGAAACAGUGCUUUGUUGGAUGGAGUGGAACAACUAAUCAACAGAUCGCUUGCGACAAGCGAUAGUGGUGGAAUUUCAUUUCACUUUUCUGUAUCAAUUCCAGCUCGCUAUAAGAGUCAAUAUUAUGUAGGGUUCUUAGGACUACAAAUUUUUUUUUUAAUUGGCUUAUCUACUUCUCAGAAAGAACGGUUUUGCGUUUCUAUUCGUACUGACGUAAAUACUCUCUAUGCCCUGCAAGAUUUUGAAACCUUUAUCAUCAAAUUCAGUCCUGUAGUAGAUGUGACCAAAAUUGAAACCAUUACAACAGACAACUACUACGAUCUUGGUAUUAGCGAAUUUGAAAGAUUUUCAAUGAUUACUCUCUAUGUUGACUAUAAUAACAUUAUUACGACCAAUCCCAAAUAUCUUGUCCGAGGAGACGUUGAUGAGAAAUAUGUUACACUGGAAUUCUUUUAUACUCUUGUAACCAGAUAUAUGAAAUCGGUUGUAAAAAUCGAACGGGAAGGACGAAUGGAACGCGUUCCUGUCAAUGAUGUCGUUCGAAGUGUAUUGGAUCAUUCAGAAUCAGAUGAAACAACUUGGUAUGGUUUAAAUUAUGAAACCAAGUUUGUUCUUCAACCAUGCUCCAGCAAUCGUCUUUCCAAGCAAGAGAAGGAAGAUGAAUCAAAAGGAUUUGAAAAGUUUUUCAAAGCUAUUGCUCCAACUCAAACACGCCAUAGAUAUCAAAAAACACAGAUUUUGUGUAUCAAUGUUGAAGAUGAUUUGAAGGUACAACAAGAGAUAAAAAAGGCGUGUGUGAGCUGUGGGGCCUAUUGUGAUGAAAUUCCUCAAUUAUUUGUCACGUCUGAAACGCUUGCCAGUUACAAAGAAAACCUGAACAAACCAGACUUAAUUUGUGGCCCAAUUUGUAAGUCUUGUAGAAAUCAAUAUCGAAGAAACAUUUAUUAUCACCAUAAAUAA